CAGAGAUAGCGAGUGGGAGAGAGAUAGAGAGAGCGGGAGCUAGAGAGAGAGAGAGAGGAAGGGAGUGAGAGCGAGCCAGAUCUCCAGUGUUGUUUAUUUCCAGACUGGUUGGCGUGUUGGCUGGCAGUGGGCUGUGCUCUGGUCUCUCCGUACCGAUGGGGUUUCCAGCUCACGCGGGCAGGGCUACAGGUCCUGAGGGCUUUACGGGGCUCGUCUGCUGAUCUUUCUCCCUUCUCCUUCUCUUCUCCCCCCACCCCCUCCUCCUCCCAGAGCGCCACCCCUCCCCCCCCACCCCCCCUAAUAUCCACCUGACCCCUGACUGCUACUACAACUCGACCAGGAGAGGGCAACGCUUAGCGCCCUGGUCCUUUCCCCUUCAUCGAUUGCCAAAUGGAUCUCCCCACGGCGGCGACGCUCACGGGAACGCCACGCCACGGGGAGCCGAGGAUCUGUGACCACUCGCUGCCGCCGCGCCGCUCUGGGACGCACCGAACGCAGCGGAGAGGCUGCCACUGCCGCUGCUGAAGAGAGGAGCUCCCCAGCAGACAUGACAGCGGUCCUGCUGUGCGCCCUCCUCUCCCUGCUCCUCCCCCCCGCCACCCUGGCCUGCCCCAAGGAGUGCGCCUGCGACGCCGGCGCCAAAGUGGUGGACUGCCGGGGCCGCGGCCUCUACGACAUCCCCCGGCGGCUGCACCCCGACACCCAGGAGCUCUACCUCCAGGACAACCGCAUCCGGGGCCUGGGCUCCAUGGCCUUCCGGGAGACGCCCUUCUUGCGGAUCGUGGACCUGUCCAACAACUCCAUCACCUCAGUGUCGCCGUCCACGCUACUGGGCCUGAGGAACCUUCAGCGCUUCAACCUGGCCCACAACGGGCUGCGGGAGCUGGACAAGCGGCUGCUGGCCCCAAUACACUCGCUCACGCACCUCGACCUUUCGCACAACAGCCUGUGGGGCUUGCCAGGAGUGAUGGGGGAAAGCCUUAGGAACCUGAGCCACCUGGGACUGGCUCACAACAAGCUGACGAGACUGGACCGCUCCCUGAUGGAGGCCCUUGGUCGCCUUGACAGCCUGGCUCUAAGGGGGAACCCUUGGAGAUGUGACUGCCAGCUGAUAGUCCUCAAACUCUGGCUGGAGACCUACAUUUUCAAAGGUGGCGUGGUGGACGAGGUGCGCUGCACCCAGCCUGAGGACAUGCGGGACAAGGACCUCCAGAGGAUCCCCUACCAGCUCUUCCACUCCUGCAUGACCACCAGCUACAACUACCUGUUUGCCAACAUCCACCACCUGGAGUCGGAGAGGCUGCUCCGAGGCCACACCCACGGCAACCACGCCCACCCAGCGCUCCACGCCCCCGUGGGGAUGGCGGAAGGCUUCGGCGCCGCCGGUGGGGUCGGGGGUGGUGUGACUGGGGGAGGAGGAGGAGGCGGUGGAGUAGGAGGAGGAGGAGGAGGAGCAGGAGGAGGAGGAGGUCUGCCCGAGUGCGAGCCCAAGCAGCGGCCGCGGCCCGUCAACCUCCGGCACGCCAUCGCCACGGUGAUCAUCACCGGCGUGGUGUGCGGCAUCGUGUGUCUGAUGAUGCUGGCGGCCGCCGUGUACGGCUGCGCCUACGCCGCCAUCAUGGCCAAGUACCAGCGGGAGGUGAAGAAGAACGAGGAGCUGGCCGCUGCACAGGAGGCCCAGCGCGCCAAGGCUCGGGAAAAGGAGCCGCUGGAGAACGCCGUCGCCUAGGCGACCACACUAUUCAGAGAGAGACUGCUGUGUGGUGCGUGUUGGGGGACGGGGGACUACAUCCAGGGGUCUGGCUAUGCAGUGGUUUGGAGCUGUAAACACAGCAGGGGACAGGGUUUCCCAUUGGGGAAACAGCCAAAGAAAUAUGACAUAUCAAUUCCAUUACGUUGCAGAGACAAUUUCAAGAGACAAUUUCGCAGAUGGAUUUAAAAUAGUUAUAUAUUUAUAUUUGUGUGUGUUUGGAGUUGUUAUAUGUAUGCUUAUGAAAAUGUAAACAUAUUGAUUUCAGAGUUUGGUUUUGUAUCGAGUUAUUUCAGAAAAAAACGAUAAUUCAUAGCGGGCAGCUGUUUUGGUGUUUGACAUUCAUUUUUUGUAUUGGUGUUUGUUUGUGCGUGUGUGUGUGGUGUGUGUGUGUGUGUGUGUGUGUGUGUGUGUGUGUGUGUGUGUGUGUGUGUGUGUGUGUGUGUGUGUGUGUGUGUGUGUGUGUGUGUGUGUGUGUGUGUGUGUGUGUGUGUUUGAGUGUGUGUGCGAGCGGGCAUUCUUGUGAAUAUGAUAUGAUAUGAUAUGAACUUUAUUCGUCAGCAGUGCUGAAAUUUGUCUGGAUGUGUGGAUAUGGAUGUGUGUUAUUAACAUUAGCGUUUGUGUACUGAAUGAGUUUGCCCCCUUGUUAGUGAAUAUGAGUGAGUAGAAUAUGUGUUUGUUUCAGCCUAAUUAAGUCUCUAGUUCUGCUUUCCUAGAUCAUAUUUUUCUCACUCACGUAGUGACGCUGUAAGUUCUAUAAAGCAAUAAUGUAAAGUAAAAUGUAAACAGCAAAUGUGUGACCUUUAUCUCUUGUAGUUCUUAUUUCAGUUUACAACAGAUUAUCAGAUAAUAGAUGCCCCCCACACACACAAACACACUCUCACACACACAAACACGCACACACACUCACAUACAAAGAGAAAGAGAUGGAAGACAGCUAAUUCGUCAAAUUACUGUUUUCAAGAAGGAAAUAUGUGCCAGUCAAUCCAUAACAUUUCAAAAUAUGACUAAAAUGUCAAAACAAUAUUAAAGAUCAAUCCAGUAAGUCUAUAAGUGAUCUUAUUAUAACAGCAAUUUGUUCCCUUCUAUAUCAGCUGUAAGAUGUCCUCAGGUCAAUGUGUGAGUCUGUCACCCUUGUUAAAGUUGUCCUUUGUCCGGGAGACAAUCUGUCUCGUGACCCCAUGACCCCAUCAGAUUUUUGAGACUUUUAAAAUUGAUGCUAUCAAAUAUUAUACAAGCACAUAAGCAGGAAGAAAAACUUAUAUUUCGUAAGGUGUUAAAAAAUGUUUGUAUGUGAUUGAUAAUCGGGAUCAGUUGAACUACAUGACGGUGCUCUGUGGAACAAUAUCAAGAUGUUUUUCAUUUUAUAAUAAAAAUGAAUUUGCUGCUUGGGUGA